UCUUCCAAACCCCCAUCCAUCCCUCUCCUUCCUCUCUCUCUCUCUCUCUCUCUCUCGCCCCUCCUCCAAAGAGGAGAACUACCAUUUGCCUCUUCUGAUGGGAAAUGCAGCAGUUUCUUGUGCUCCAUUGACCAUAUGCUCAAGCAGUCCAGGAGGAGCAACAAAAGUCUUAUGUUUGGACGGAAGACUGGAAGUUUUCGGAAGGCAAGUAAAAGCAUCAGAGCUAAUGGUAGAGCAUCCGGGCCAGUUUUUGUGUGACUCUACCAUCCUCAAAGUUGGCAACAGAAUCCACGGCCUCACUGCCGACGAACCGCUCGAAAGACGGCGGUUUUACUUCCUCCUCCCCAUGGACCUCCUCUACUCAGUGCUAACACACGAAGAACUCAGCUCCCUAACUUACAGGGCUUCAAGGGCACUCAAGAACAGUAGAGGCUUCAACAAUUUCAGUAGGAUUUUUCCGGUUUUUGGAGAUUUUCGCAUGUUUAAUCUUUCGGAAUCCAAGAGAUUGGAUUGCAAUGAAGAUCAUGCAAUUAUUAGUGUUAAUUCAAGCCAUAAUUCAGAGCCAGUAGUAUUAUUGGAGAGGUACUCAAAGCAAAGAUCAUGGAAGCCUGCAUUAGAAACCAUUGAUGAAACUCCUUGUACACUUUGACAUCCUCUUCAUUUGUAAUAAAUUUUGAUUAAUUACGUACAUUUGGAUUUAAUUU